UUGUUUUCGACUUUCAUCAUCUUUUGUGUUUACAUGUACAUGUGAGUUAGGUGUUGUUUUGUGGGGGAGGUUCUGGUCGUCUAAAGUUUCGGAGCGGUUAGAUUUUAAAAGACAGUUGAAACAUUCUUUGAGUUCAGCUAAGAUAUUUGAGCAGUUGAAUUUGAAUAACGACAGUUAGACAUCACACCGUUCAAAAUGCGCGGUAGGGUCUAUUUCACGUUCCUUGCCCUUGUUUUGGUUUCUUCGUCAGUUUUCUCAGUGGUAGCACUGAGCAAAAGCAAUCACAAAUUCCUGGAAAAAAUUGUGUCACGGGCUGACGAAACGGUGAAAAGUAUUGAGUCAGUUUUCCAUAAGAAAAUAGUUAAUGAUUCAAAUACUGCACAACCAAAACAAUGGGCAGUACUUGUAGCUGGCUCUAAUGGCUAUUACAACUACAGACAUCAGGCGGAUAUUUGCCAUGCCUACCAAGUUUUACGUCGCCAUGGAAUUCCUGCUGAUAAUAUCAUUACACUUAUGUAUGAUGAUAUUGCGAAUAGCACAGAGAAUCCUACUAAAGGUAUAAUUAUCAAUGAACCAAAUGGAGAAAAUGUGUAUGAAGGAGUACGCAAAGAUUAUGUUGGGAAAGAUGUUACACCAGAAACAUUUCUCAAAGUGAUCUCUGGAGAUAUCAGAGGUCUUAGAGGUGUAGGAUCAGGAAGAGUAUUGUUAAGUGGCCCAUCUGACCACAUUUUCAUCAACUUUGUGGAUCAUGGUGCACCAGGUUUGUUGGCGUUCCCCAACGGGGAGUUACACGCGCGAACGUUUCUAGAUACACUGCUGGAUAUGUACCACAGAAAACAGUUCGCUAAACUGGUCUUGUACAUUGAGGCUUGUGAAUCGGGGUCCAUGUUUGAAGAUUUGCUUUCCGAUAACCUAAACAUUUUUGUCACGACAGCUGCCAAUGCUCAUGAACACUCCUUUGCCUGUUACUUUGACUCGAACCGUGACACUUACCUCGGCGAUGUUUACAGCGUUAUGUGGAUGGAAGAUUCGGAAAAGGAAGAUUUAACUAAAGAGACGCUCUUUCGGCAAUUUUCCAUUGUUCGAAAAGAAACAAACACAUCACACGUUCAGGAGUAUGGUGAUUUAUCAAUUGGUAAAAUGAAAGUCGGCGAAUUCCAAGGUAAAGCCAAGUCACCAGUGGCCUCCAAUGGCCGGACGUGGGUAUCUCCUUUGUUAGAUGCUGUUCCCAGCGGUGACGUCCCGUUAGCGAUUUUGCGCCACAAAUUGCAGAGGAGUAAUUCCAGCCCAGAGUCCGCAAACAUUCAACGAAAACUUCGUAGAAUUGAAAAGAAACGCCAACACUUGAAAGAUACCUUAAGGAAAAUCGUUUUGAAGGCCACUGAAGAUGAGGCUAAAACAGAGUUCAUCCUUAACGGUCGACUGAAGCUAACCAACUUUUCCUGCUACGAAGAGCUUGUCCAUGCAUUCUCUCAGCGUUGUUUCCACCUGCCCAAGAAUGAGUAUGCAUAUCGCCACCUGUUCGUGUUGGUGAAUAUGUGCCAGUCAUCGAUUCCAAAGGAGGUCAUUAUCCGCGCCAUGGACGAAGUUUGCCAACCUCGCAAAUACACUGGAAUCAUCUAAAUAGAGAAAA